AUGGUCUCGGAAGUUGUUUCUACUCCUCACUUUGACAAGCUCCACACUGAAAACUAUCUCCAAUGGCAUGGCAAUAUCUUUGCAGUCCUCAUGAUGAAGGAAUGGUUGCACCUUGUGCCAGGCAACAAGCUGCGCCCUGUUUCAGUUGUUUCUCAGGCUCCAACCAAGAUGAAGCAUCAGGCAUUUGAGAAGUGGGACGAUAAAGCACUCAGAGCUGCUGGUGAGCUCUACCUCUCGCUCUCAGAUGACCAGAAGACGCUGUCAUGCGCCAUAACUAUAAGUAUAGGAAAACUAAAGAAAUAA